CUUCUUGUUGCGCCCGAGAGUAAAAGGCAAAAAGGCCCUUCGAUAAUUUUUUAUUUUUUGGCGGGGUCAGAUAACAGUUGACACUUCACAGUUACAGACGAAGGAAAAAUGGAGGAAGACGGAGGAGAACGAGCUCAACGGCGCCAUCCGACGAGCUCCGAAACCCUAAUCUCAGAGCCACACCUCGAUCCACCGUCCACGUGUUCUGAAACCACACUCCAUUCCGGUGAGGAGGACCGCACGGAAUCGAAACCCGAGCUGAACCAGACCGAAAUAUUCCGAACUCUCGAAGUGGUCGAGAGAGACUCUCUCGCCAUCGCCGACAGCUUCACCACUCUCUUCGCCUCCCUUCGCCUGGCUCUUUCUGAGGUCACUAGCAACUCGGUUGAUCACAUGCAUUGCUUUAGCGAGGCUGCUGGCCGCCUUCAAGAAUCCGUGCUUGAUUGUGCUACCAAGGGAAAUCGGUAUAUAAAUUCAAGUCUCAGAUUGAAUGAAGAAAUGAAGGGCAUAGACAGUCUAGCAUUGCAGCUAAAAGUCUUGAGGAGAAAUGUUGAUGCUCUAGACUCAGGUGUUAACAAGCUCCUCCGACUUCCAUGAUGUAGACCUGUCGACCUGCCAGACGUAUGAUUGCAUCAGUUAUCAAUCUUCAUCGGAACCUUUGUUACGUAAUUAAUGGGCGAAAUAGUUGUCCGAUUGGCUGCAAAAUAAGUAGAUGUGCUGCUUUGUUAGCUAGCCAAAAGGUGCAGAACGUUGAGAGCAUUUCUAGACUGUUACAUUGUAAGCAAAUAUUUGUGUGCAGUAACUCGAGAGAUUAGUGUACAGAUUUUAUCUUCUUCAUUCGUUUUAGGCCUUAAGCACUGAAAUUAGAGUAAUGUAUGAAAAGUUGCUUUACAUUUUUAAGUGUUGUCUAUCUCAAAAACUGUAAGCAGAUUUCUCCCUUAACUCGAUAUUUAAUUGAAUUAUGUAGCUAAUCUUGGUAAUUCA